CGGGAAGAUGUAUAGUCCGAAUUCCGGUCGCUGAGGAGGCUGAGGCCGUACCCCUCGCUUGCCUGCAAACGAAAGGGGAGACUGCUCGGAUCCUCCCACCCUCAUCGUUGUUUGGUGUUCCGAGGCCGGGCACUACGCAGUAGUAUUGUACCUUCCAUUCUCAUACCAGGCUCCGGCCUAGUGUAGUCUGACCCGCCAGAACCACUUACCAUAUUAGGGCAUGCCGAGACCUGAACUGGAUCCGUCCCGUAAUGGGUCCAAUAACAGCUCCCCAGACGCACGAGGCAGACAAUCCUGGCGCCAGAAACUCCCCGCGAUUUUCCACAGGGCAACAUCACGCCGGUCACGGUCAUCGUCAGCCCCCGUCCAAGACCUUCAGGCAUUCAACCGCCAAGCCCGUGAGACAAACAGCAACCACAAUGUUCGCAACGGGAGUAGGGUGUGCGAUCGAGUGGCCGUCUCAAACAAAACCGACUCUCCCGACGGCGGCAAAGGACACCAUGACGAGGACGAUACCACUGAGUCGACAACAGGUUCUGCCUACCAUGAAGCUUGGGCGUCUCUGGAUGAGGAACAGAAGCAAGAAUUGGUAGGCGGGGUGGCGGCGAGGGCUCUCUUCGAGGAGCUACUGGAAACGGACAAACGUCAGCAGGAAAAGUCUAUUAUGCGGAAAGGGUUGAAAGCCGCAGACCCAUAUCUUGGGAAACUGAACACCGCCCUGGAGCUCGCCGGACCAUUCGUUAGCCUGAAUGCUCCAGCCGGAACCGCCCUUGGGCUUGUCAAGGGUGUUGUCUCCAUCGCGAUAGCCAUCUGUGGCGCCAACGACAAGGUGCCGGCUAACAUUGAAAAGUUGCUCCAAUGGAUACCAGCAAUCGACCGUUGCGAUGAAGUGGUCAAAACCAGCUCCUGUCUGCCCGAUAUACGCCAUACGCUCGUCAACAUGUACAAGGAGCUUUUGCUGUUUUAUCUGAAGAGCAGGGAUGUACUCAAGAAGUCAAAGUCCGGCCUCAGGACCGCUCUGGGCAUGUUGAGUGCAGACAUCACGGCCCAUGUUGACUCCUUCAACGAGUAUUCGACCGCUCUAGACUUCCUUUUGCAAACUGAAACCUUUUCAACCACCCAAGAGCUCAAGGGGGCAAUGGUUGACGAUUUGGUUCGUGCCACUCUAGACGCCGACAGAGAACAGGCCCAUCACAGCGAGUUUGAGCAUUACUCGGACGAAGCUUGUGCCUGGAUCGAAUCCGAAGAAGGCUUCUCUACAUGGCUGGCGGACUCUGCGGACCCAGGCGUUCUGCUCAUGUUAGGAGACAUGGGAUGUGGUAAGACCAUUACAGCCGCCUACGUCGUGAAGCUGCUUUCCGAAAUGCGCCGGACCGUGUGUCGUUACUUCUGUAGAAACGAUCACUCCACCGCGGAUGUUGGGAACAUCUACCGCAGCCUCCUAUGGCAGCUACUCCGACAAAAGCCCGCGCUGAAGCGCCGCUUCUACCAGUGGCAAACCAGUUCGAAUUCCUACAUCGAACCAGAGAGGAGUUCAACGCAGCUGCGCGAUUUUAUUUCUACGGCGAUUCUUUCAUCCUCAUCCGGCGUGUUUAUCAUUAUCGACAGCUUGGACGAGUGCGAGGCGCUAGCCCGCCACUCGCUUCUUGAGCUCUUUCGGGGGCUUCAUCACAAGGGAGCACGAAUCAAGGUAUUCCUCACGUCGAGGUACGGCUAUGAUCCGGCGUCUGUUCUCCAGUGCGACAUCACCAGGAUCGCGUUGCGCCCGUCCAGGCUGAGAGAUAGAGCUAUUGCGAAAUAUCUCGUCGAGAGAAGCAGUCUACCCUCACUGCUGCACGAGACUGCCGUCGAGGAACUUGCGGAGCGAGCUGAGGGUUCUGCCAUCUGGAUUCGCAUCGCGCUAGAGUACAUUCAGAAGACCCACGCCCUCAACGCCGCUGGCUUCAACGCGGCAUUGAAACGGCUUCCUUCGUCGGCUGCCGGCCUUGCGAGACUCUACUUCGAUUUGUUCAACCAGUCUUGUGAAGGCCUAUCAGAGAACCACACACUCCUGCAGGCGGCCCUUGAGACCCUCGUGGUCUCGAGGCGUCCGCUCAGCCUGGAUGAGCUCGUCUGUGCUAUAACUCUGGACAUGGACGAGGAGGGUGCCAUAACGACCGUCUCGGACCUCGAGAGCAAGGCGCCCGCGGUGGAUGUUCUGACUUUCAUUCGGCCUUUCGUUAGCACCGUGGAACUCGGGGUUCAGGGGUCCCCAGUGCUUCGCCUCUUGCAUCAGUCGCUCAAAGACCUCAUCCUUUGGGGUCCCCCCGAGAGCUGGCCGCUGGUCGGAAAGCCCGGUCACCAACCACAACAGCAACGUAGCAAGCGGUCGACAGAGCUGAACGCGCGUCUUCUCCGUACUUGCAUCAAAUAUCUCCUCCUAGACGACUGCGAGAAAAUGAAAUUGGUAGCUAGCGCUCAAGACCAGGACGAGGGGGUCGAUUUCAUGCAUCUUGGCCCCGACCUCUUCGGCGACGACUCUGAAACAGGCCAGAGUGUUCCCGUUAACUCUGGGCCACACCUUUUUUUUAAUCCGGCCGAGCUGGGGCUAGGCCAUUUCUUUACUUAUGCAGCUUCGUUCUGGACCGCCCAUUUCCAUGAUGUGGUAGACGACCAACGGCCGCAACUAGCAGAUCUGAUGGCUCUGUGUCGUCCUCGCUCACAGCGCCUCCUCAACUGGGUCUACCAGUGGCAUCGACCAGACUGCACACGAACGACAGAGCCAUUCAGAGUUAUGCACACCUUCAAGCUGGACCCUCUUGUGGUCACGGCCAUGUUUGGUCCAGCCGCUACCCUAGUCGACAUCUUGGUCGCUUACCGCCCUAGUCCUCCGGAGUUCGUCGUAGAUUCGGUGUGGACCGCACUAAGAGAGCUCAGCAGGCGAAACAAGGCAAGCCUGAUCACCAAGUUCGUCAAGCACGACCAAAUCGGGCCGAUUCUCUGCCACCUUGCCUUUUUCGAAUGCGUCACAGGCGGUUUCGACUGGCAAACAAGGGAUACACAAGACUGGCAAGAGCUCUUUGGCCUCUCCGUCAGAGCACAGCGUGAAAAGCUCCUACAAUCCGGCAACACAAUCCUCUGUCUCGCCGCCCGCCGUGGCUGUCUAGUAUUGGUGAGGGAACUCUUCGACGCCGCAAACCAGGACCCAGCUCUCCGGUCGGCUCUCCUAUCAGACGACGCAGAGGGCACGGGCGAUUGGAAAUGGGAGGGAGCGCUCGACAUACACCAGUCAAUCGGGCAGGCUGCCUGGGAGGGCCACGCCGAGGUCGUCCGCUUCCUGUGUGAGCAGCCAGGCACGCUACCUCACCUGCACCACGUGAAUCAUGGCGGCCACACUGUCUUCCACCAGUGGGCGAGACGGCAUGACCUCGAGGUCUUCCGCAUUCUUCACCGGCACUGGCCCGAGGGUAUGCUUGUCAAGGACAUCCAUGGCGAUAGCCCAGUCAUCGAGCUCAUGUGGCAGUUUGGUCUGCCGGAGGAGAGCUUGAUUUCGUUUCUGUGGCAGCUGCGCACCGAGUUUGGGGUUGACUUGAGCGGGAAACGCGAUGACCAGUCCAUGACGCCGCUGCUCGUGGCCGCCCGUGUGGCCAAGGCCAAGGUGUGUAGGUUCCUCAUCGUCGAGUGCUCGGCGGACAUAAAUUCUCUUCUGGGGUUAGACCAGGCGACAUUGAGACCCUUCUUACGCAUGGACGUUUGCCUACCGGGUGAUCAAAAGGGCCAUGGCGAAGAGAAGCUGCUGAAGGAACUUUGUUCUUUGAUACCUCUGACAACGUCCAGAGAAUAUUUGGUUUGAGGUCCGGUGGGUGUAUUAAGACCGGGCAUGCUUUGUGUAAGCCGUGACGUAGUAAUACGAGUUAGAGUGCAAGAGACUUUAGACUUCCGAGUUACACUCAUAGAACUACCGAAUCGUAUGUUUGAACCCCUG